AUGCCCAAGAAGUUCCAGGGCGAGAACACCAAGUCGGCCGCUGCCCGAGCAAGAAAGGCUGAGGCCAAAGCAGCAGCUGAUGCCAAGCGGCAGCAGGAACUGGAGGAUGCCUAUUGGAAGGAUGAUGACAAACACGUCAUGAGGAAGGAGCAGAGGAAGGAGGAGAAGGAGAAACGCCGUCUGGAGCAACUGGAACGAAAGAAAGAGUUGCAAAGGCUGCUAGAAGAAGAAGACUCCAAGCUGAAGGGAAAGUCCCCCAAGCCCCUGACCCCAGGCAAAGUGACUCGGGCCCAGAUAGAGGAGACACUCCGCAGAGAUCAACAGCAGAAGGAGAAUGAGGAAACAGUGGAGAAACCAAAAAGUCACCUUGAAGUACCCUUGGAGGAGAAUGUCAACCGCCGAGUCCCCGAGGAUGGGAGCGUAGAAGCCAGAACGAUCGAGGAUGCCAUAGCUGUCCUCAGUGUUAAUGAUGACUCUGACCGGCAUCCUGAGCGCCGCAUGAAAGCUGCUUUUACUGCCUUUGAGGAGCUGCACCUGCCAAGACUGAAGAAGGAGAACCCCAACAUGCGCUUAUCCCAGCUAAAACAGCUGCUGAAGAAGGAGUGGAUGAGGUCCCCUGACAACCCUAUGAACCAGCGGACCAUGGCCUACAAUGCCCAGAAAUAGAACUUGGGAAAUGGAGACAGGCAGGGGAGGAGAGGGGACCCAUAUUAGUCUGGACCACUGGGUCUCAGGCCCUGAAAUCAGGGUUGGGGGGGGUGGUGGGGAGAAGAGCCCCAGAGAGAACCGGUGGGAUUUUUUAAAAACCCAUUUCCCUCCCCUGUUCUCAGCACUACUGAUUAAAAGAGGAGUCACCACCUGGCCAAGGUUCCUACUCUCUGACCUUUCCUGCUGCCUCCCUGGGAACAAGGCCCUGCCCUUCUCUAACUUCAGGGAAGAAGGGUCCCCAUCCCAGCUAACCUGAGCCAGCAUGGCAGCACUGGUCAAUUCUUUUCUGUCUUUCUGUGUCUCUCUCCCUUCUUCCCUCCCUCUCUUUGCCUUUCUCUUUCCAGCCCACCCACCCCCCAUUUUUGGGGGGUGGGUGGGAGUAUAUGGCUUUUCCUUUUAUCCAAUGGGUUCCAAAACUUUGCAUCAAUUUCUUAGGCCUCACUGCCUUUAACAAGGCCAGGCAGGGGCCCAUCUUCCUCUCUUCCCCAAAGUAAACAAGAAGGAUGCACCUAUCCCAGGUAAUCAUCUUAAGGAGAAUCUCUCCCUGAAUUGGGGGGUGGAUCCUAGUUCUCCCUCUCCCUACUUCAUCUUUGAACUUCCUGCUGAAGGGGCUAAGGGGCCUAGAGACUUAGGCAUUUAUCACUGGCCUCCCCUCCUCUUUUGCUUUUUCUGUCUUGAGAACUGAGUAGUCACCACAGCAUUGUCAGUUGAACACCUGCUUCCCCUUAUGAGACCCCUCCAAGCUAGCUGGAUGAACCAGUUACCAGCACGCCCCAUGUCCCCUUCACUCUAGUCAUCUGCUUUCCACAGGGUUUCUGCCAACUUUCUCAUGUGCCCAAUUCCUUCUGAGUAGGUUUAGUAGCAGGUGAGGUGGCCUCCAAGGAGCUAGGGUAACUGGCUUCAUUGUGGGAUUUGUUUAUACCCACUGGGGGUUGUGGCCAACAAACCUGAACUACUCUAGCCAAUAAAAGAUUUGCAGGUGGUAUUUUUAUUUAUUUUUUUAAUCAGUGAUUUUAACUUCAUUUAACUCCCACUCCAAUAUCAGUAGCCAGAGGCUGAAAAUCCUAGAGAUACAGAACUCCUUCAGUUCCUGGUUCUUAGAAGCACAGGGCUCACUGACUACUUUUCCCUUUUCCCUCCCAUCUCCCCACUAAAACCUAAGGGGCAUGGUCCUGGGUAUAGCCAAAUGGCCACCACUAGCAAGGCUCCUUGGGAUAGCCAAGCCUCUAAUUGUCUUGUCCUGCUUUCUCUUUCUAGAUAUGCUCUAGGUACCAGCCUGCUCCCAUCAAGGGCUUUCUCCUUACUCAAGGGCUUGGUGUGUAUAUUUGAGGCUGUAGAAGUGUAUAUCACUCAUGGCUGCUGCCUCUAAAAAGCAUUUGCACUUUUUGACCGGAGAGUUUUUCAGGGAGGGAAGCAUCAGAGUCUCGCCCUUCUUUCCCUAGGGACCCUUGUGCAAGGUCACCUCUAGCCCUGGCCAUGGAAGGACACUAGGGCACUGAGCAAACAGUAAAGAUAGGGUGACAAACACUAUGCAUACCCCCCCCCCAGGCUCCAUGUUGCCUCUUUCUGUGCCCAUUUUCUUCCCCUCAUCUUAGGUACAGAAAUGUGUAUUGGGGGGGGGGGGGGGGUUAACUUGCAGAUAUUAAAUACCACUAAAGGACAAGGCUGAAGCCUCUCCACCUUGGUAGCAGGAAAGUUCCCUGUUGGCUCACCCUGGGAAGAACUUAAGCUGUUUGGGAGAUUUGGGGUAUGAGGGCUUAACCCGGAAAGAAUUGGAGAAUUUGGAGCAAACAUUCUGCUUCCCAGAUUGAGGAAGGAACUAGAGGGUCCCCAGGGGAAGCUCUGAGCCUCCAUGAAGGGAAAGAUGAGGGGAGUCUUCUUCAUACCCAGAAUAUUUCUUGUCCUUUCCUUGAGGAAAUCCUAUCCAGUGUGCAAGGGCCACCCCCCCGCAAGUUCUCUACCCUAUACCCCAGGAAGAAGUAAACUACAUCCACAGCAUCACGUCUGCCCAUCUUGUGAUUCUUAUUCUGCCCUCUGUUAUUAUAGUUAUUCCAAGACCCUGUCUUUCCCCAGCUAGUUUGUGAGCUCCCCUGAGAGUUCCCAGUGAUAUUCCACCCGUCUCUGCCUUCCCAGAGCAGGUCCCUGCACACAGUAGGCACUCAGUGUUCAAUCCAUUCAUUAAAUAAACAGAACUGGGUCCCAA